UGGAGCAAAGGUGGAGGGAGGCUCCCAGGAAAAAGGUGGCUGCCUUUAAGGUGGGUUUAUUUGCCUGCCAGAUGGGAAGUCUGUGACCAGCCCCUUUCAAACAGGUAAAGGCAGUAAGGCUUCUCCACCCACUUGCCUUGAUCUUUCAUCAUAACUGUGGGCCAGGCAGGGAGGUUGUGCAAUGUGCGCGCUCCAGUCAGGAGGCUGCGGGAGAGAUUCAUGCGCUGUGAGCAGGAGCCGAGGCUUGGAGGCCUGAGCCAGGAGAGCAGGCAGGGGCUGGGAUCAAGGCCCCCUCUCCAACCAGCAUGGAGCUGAGAAUGGGCAGGAUCGAGCUCUCCCUUGGGAUCCUUCUCUUUGGAUCUCUCCUUCCUCCUGAGGUGCUUGGGAAAGAAGUGAAUCUGCUAGACACAAGCACUGCACAGGGUGAGCUGGGCUGGCUUCCAGACCCUCCAGAAGUAGGGUGGAGUGAAGUGCAGCAGAUGAUAAAUGGUACCCCAGUCUAUAUGUAUCAGGACUGCAGCGUGCUCUCUGAGGGUGACACUGAUCACUGGCUUCGCACCAACUGGAUUUAUCGGGGUGAGGCAGCAUCUCGCAUUUAUGUGGAGCUGAAAUUUACUGUGAGAGACUGCAAGAGCUUCAAAGGUGAAGUGGUGACCUGCAAAGAGACCUUCAACCUCUACUACAUGGAGUCCGAGCAGGAUGUCGGGAUCCAGUUCCGCCGCCCAAUGUUCAUCAAGCUCAACACUGUGGCAGCAGAUCGGAGUUUCACAAACAGAGACAUCGAAUCUGGUGCCAUGCAGCUGAACACAGAAGUGUGCCCCAUUGGGAAGCUGUCUCGUCGGGGCUUCUACUUAGCUUUCCAGAACUCUGGGGCUUGUGUAGCAAUGGUGUCUGUCCGAGUGUAUUACAAGACUUGCCCAGAGGCAGUACGAGGCCUUGCCCGUUUUCCAGAGACACUAGCAGGUUUGGAGGGGCUCACAGAAGUGCCUGGUGUCUGCGUGGAAAAUGCAGCUGAAGAAACGGGCUCUCCCCCAAGGAUGCACUGCAGCACAGAUGGGGAGUGGCUGGUACCAAUGGGCCGAUGCCUUUGUGUUGUGGGGUUUGAGGAAGUCGAUGGGAGCUGCGUAGCCUGCCAGCGAGGAUUCUACCGUCACUCUCUGGAGACUAAACGCUGCCUGAAGUGCCCCCCAAACAGCUUGUCCAAUGAGUUAGGGGCUAAAUCUUGUUCCUGCAAUGCCGGCUUCUAUCGGGCACCUUCAGAAGGCCAAAACAUUGCUUGCACCCGUCCUCCCUCAGCUCCCCGUAAUGUCAGCUUCUCCCUUAUUGGCACACAGCUCAGUCUGUGGUGGCAGCCACCCAGUGACCACGGUGGGCGAAAGGAUCUAACUUACACAGUCUUCUGUCAGCGCUGUCAUUUCCAGUCAUGUGAUCCAUGUGAGCCUGGUGUUGUAUUCUCCCCGAGUGCUUCAGGACUCACCAAAACUGCUGUGGAUGUGGAUGGCCUAGAAGCUUACACCAACUACACGUUUGCUGUGGAAGCCCAUAACGGUGUCUCAGGAAUGGGACCUGCUCCACAGAGAACUGCUCCAGCUGUCUGGGUUGCAGUUGGACAUGCAGCUCCAGUGACAGUAUCCCAGUUUAUUCUGACACAGAGAGAUGACAGUAGUCUGUCAGUUUCUUGGCUUGCCCCACGGCAGCGCAGCCGGACCUCGGUGGAGUAUGAGGUCAUGUUCUUUGAGAAGGGAGAGGAGGCACGUUACACAGUGAAGCACCUUCUUGAGCCAAAUGUCACUCUGACAGACCUUCAGCCAGACACAACCUACCUGCUUCGUGUGAGAUCCAUCACACCCCUUGGGCCUGGGCCCUACUCCCAGGAGCAGGAAUUCCGCACCCUUCCACCAGACACAGGAGCUCUGUCUGGUGGAGUUGUAGCAUCUAUUAUCUUUGGAGUUCUGCUAUUUAUUGGCCUGCUUCUGGGAAUUCUGUUCUUUCGACGAAAGAAGACUCACCGCAGACAGGCACGGCCUGAUUACAGUACUUCAGGCUUUGAUCGAGAGAAGGUCUGGUUGAAGCCCUAUGUGGACCUGCAACCAUAUGAUGACCCCAGUAGAGGGGUUCUGGAGUUCAUUAAGGAACUGGAUGUCUCUUGUGUCACUAUGGAGAAUGUGAUUGGGGAAGGGGAGUUUGGGGAGGUCUAUCGUGGGUCUCUGCGGCUCCCAGGGAAAGAACGUAUUGUAGUUGCCAUCAAAACCCUCAAGUCAACAUAUUCAGACUCACAAUGGUGGAACUUCCUGCGUGAGGCAACAAUUAUGGGGCAGUUCAAUCACCCAAACAUCGUACAUCUGGAAGGAGUUGUCACCAAAAGAAGGCCAAUGAUGAUCAUCACUGAGUAUAUGGAGAAUGGAGCACUGGAUACCUUCCUCCGGGAGAAUGAGGAAAAAUUUAGCCCUGUGCAGCUUGUGAACAUGCUGCAGGGAAUAGCCUCCGGCAUGACCUACCUUUCAGAACACAACUACGUGCACCGGGAUCUGGCUGCUCGCAACAUCCUGGUAACACGCAGCCUUCAAUGCAAGGUGUCUGACUUUGGUCUUUCCCGAAUAUUGGAGAAUGAUGCAGAGGGAACAUACGAAACCAAGGGUGGUAAGAUUCCAAUCCGAUGGACAGCCCCAGAGGCCAUUGCUCAUCGGAUUUUCACCUCAGCCAGUGAUGUCUGGAGCUUUGGAAUUGUCAUGUGGGAGGUGCUGUCAUUUGGUGACAAGCCGUAUGGGAAUAUGACCAAUCAGGAGGUGAUGAGAAGCUUAGAGGACGGGUACCGGCUCCCCCCACCUGUGGACUGCCCAUCCAUCCUCUAUGAGCUAAUGAAGAGCUGCUGGUCACACGAUCGAAUGAGGAGGCCUCAUUUCCAGGAGAUUCGGGCACAGCUGCAACACUUCAGCUCAAGUCCCCAUCUCCUCCGGUCUGUUGCAGACUUUGAUCCCAGGGUAACGCUCCGGCUCCCGAGCUGCAGCGGAUCUGAUGGUAUCCCCUAUCGAUCUAUUCCCGAGUGGCUGGAAUCCAUUCGCAUGAAGCGUUAUAUCUCCAACUUUCGUACUGCGGGCCUUGACACCAUGGAGUCAAUUCUGGACCUCACUGCUGAGGACUUGAAACAGAUGGGAGUGUCACUUCCAGGCCACCAGAAGAGGAUUCUGUGUAGCAUCCAAGGCUUUAAGGAGUGACCAGUUGUUGCUCUCUCAAGCUUGCCAAAUGCUGUCUUACCAGAUAUCACUUGGAAUCAUUCCUAUGGCAAUUGCUUCCAAAUGAGUGACUGGGGCAAGAAAAGCCAAACAACCAGGACUGAAAAGACUUAUGAGGCAACACCACCUGCUCUCAUUUCUGUUUCCCCUUGUUUCAGCCAGCAGUACUUUUCAGAACACUGGUCUUAGAAUCUGUUCUCAAUCCUGUCUUCUACUGUUAGUUUGGUGCAGCACGGAAUAAUCCCUGUAGUCCACUUUCAAGCCAGGUAAUCACAUGGAAAUAUAAGGAUACGUACAAUUGCAGGGUGGGGAUUGGGAUAAUGUUUUAAGAUUGAAAAUGAGGAUUCAGAUGCUAUGGGACCUGCAGAAAACAUGCAUGAGGAUGCAAACAGAGGUUGGGCACAUUCACUCCCUGAUGUACGUCCCUUCUCAUUCAGAAGCAUGUCUUCCUUAUUUCACAAUAUAGGAACAAACUAUUCAAUCUUUCACAAGGCUGCUGCUAGGGGAUAUAUUUUUAAAUUAAGCUAUUCUUGCUUUAAACACCACCAAGUCAUGGUGUACUUUGUUCUUUGAAGGAGAAGUUGGGAGUAGCAGCGCACCCUGCUGUAACCUUGGCAUGUUGCUUACUUGCACGUGUACUUCAGUGGAGUGAUUUACCUCUCUUCAACCUGCUUAAUACCUUUACUUGUUCCAUAGACACAAAACCUUGUAGGUACCAAUUUUUCUCUGCCCCUUUUUUGAAAGAGGGACCGAAUAAGGUAUUUGUAACAGAAAAAUGUAGAGGUGGUCUGUCAUUCCUUCUCUGCGAAGGAAGUAUUAUUAUUUAUCAGAACUCAAGACAGAGGUGCUACAGACUGUAAAUAGUAUUUUGUAAAUAAAUUUGAGGCAGAGCAGGUUGUGUGUUGGAGUGCUUUGGUUUAUUUCAAAUAAUUUUGUGACCUCUGCUCUAGAAUAUGUAUAAUAAUUUCCAGCAGGGUGAUUACAUCCAAUUUUUGUUGUUUCAGCCAAGCUUAAGGACUGGCAGCCAUGUAACCACAGAUGUGCAAAUGCAGUUGCAUUGAGACGAAGGGAUGCAUGUGCAGCUGGUCACUUCAGACAUUUUUCUUUAAACUGAUUUACUGCUGUAACAUACAGCUGUAAACCAAGUCCAACUUUGUACAGCUCCUGUGUUUACCCCUAAACUGUGAAGAAUACUAGAAGCUACUCAUGUAGUUCAAUGAUAUAUGUGAGUAGUACUUCCUUUUGCUGCAGAAGAAAGUAUUCAGGUGAGAAGAGGGGAAAAAAGUAAAAAUCACACUCUGCUGGUCCUAAGACUUCCUCAGAAAGCAAACUGGACUCUCACGUCAUACCUAGGGUGAGUUGGCUGUACUAACCUUAAGCUACUUCUAAGCACUUGUGCUAAGUCAAGUUCUGUGACGAUGGUGAGUACUAGCCAUUCAGCAAUCAGUUACUUGUAGAUAGGUGUGUUUGCAUAAUUGUAUAAUGCUCCAAGUUCUUAAGAGUUUAAAUUGCCAUCCUCCUUCUGCAAAGGUCUCACUUACCUAUGCCUACAGAAGAUCUAAGAAGCACAGAUCUUAAGAGAUGCAACUUAAGGCAAGAAGAAUGGUUUCUGUUCAAGAUGAGAAGCAGCAGAGCAUAAACAAGGAACCGUAAUAUACAUGUAUCUCAGCCACUUGAGUUCAUGCAACUAAAGUAAGUCACAGCCAACAAGAAGAGCUUGUAU